AAGUUUGGAGCACGACGGCGUCACCCGCUAUUCUUUUUCCGUUGGCAGUCCCGGUGCGCGCGUUCUAACCGUGAAAGUUUGUAUUUGGGUCUAUAUCUCAUCAAGUGGAUGUGCGACUAGUGUAAAAGAGUGACCGGUAUAAGACAGUGACCAAAGCUAGUGAAUACUAGUCAGAAAAAAUGUCAACGAAAAGUAAGAAAACCGCCGCAACAUCUUCCUCGCUACAAUCACCAAUGCCGAGCACAAGCACCCCGAUUAGCAAACGCCCUGGAUCUCCUCUUAGUCCAGCACGCUAUUCGCGACUUCAGGAAAAACAAGACCUGCAGAAUCUCAAUGAUCGACUUGCUUGCUACAUCGAUAAAGUUCGUCACCUAGAAUGCGAAAACUCCCGGUUGACCCGCGAAGUUCAGACUUCCCAGGAAACCGUCACCCGAGAAGUUUCGAACAUCAAGUCUAUGUAUGAGCACGAAUUGUCGGAUGCGAGAAAACUAUUGGAUGACACUGCCAGAGAAAGAGCGAAACUCGAAAUCGACACCAAACGUCUCUGGGACGAUAACGAAGACCUCAAGGCUAAACUAGAUAAGAAGACGAAAGAUUUGCAAAUUGCAGAAAGGAACUCGACAAUCUAUGAAUCUCGUUGUUCAGAUCUCCAAUCACAGUUCAAUCAGUCGCAGGCAGAGCGCAAGAAGCUUGCCGAAAGGGAACGCGAAUUAGAAAAGGAGGUUGAGAGACUGAAGGGCUUGUUGGAUGAUUGUCGAAAGAAUCUUGAGGAGGAGACUUUGCAACGAAUUGACCUCGAGAAUCAUAUUCAAAGUUUGAAGGAAGAUAUCAGUUUUAAGGAUCAAGUUUUCCAACAGGAACUUACAGAGACUCGCACACGACGUCAACAGGUUGAAAUAUCUGAGAUCGAUGGACGUCUCGCAGAGCAGUAUGAAGCCAAGCUACAACAAUCACUACAAGAGCUGCGUGAUCAGUAUGAUAACGCAAUGCGUGUUAAUCGCGAAGAGAUCGAAAUGUUGUAUGAGAACAAGAUUAAAAAUCUGACAUCUCACGCUCAACGCAACAGCGGAGCAGCCAGUGUGGCAGUUGAGGAAUUGCGUCAAACUCGCACCCGAAUUGACGGACUCAAUUCAAGAAUCAGCGAGCUUGAAGCCGCCAACAACGCUCUUAAUGCCAGAAUCAGGGAUUUGGAAAAUCUACGCGAGAUCGAGAGGGCUCGCCAUGCAGAAGGUUUGGCUGGUUUAGAAGCUGAGUUGGCUCGCAUGCGUGACGAAAUGGCACAACAGCUGCAAGAGUACCAGGAUCUCAUGGACAUCAAGAUCGCUCUUGACAUUGAAAUCGCCGCAUACAGAAAGCUUCUCGAGUCUGAAGAGGCUAGAUUGAACAUUACACCAAUGCAGUCACCGAGUUCGACAAUGCAAACAACCAGGAGCACUCCAUCACGACACACUCCCAUUCGGGGCGGAAAACGAAAGCGCACACUUUUGGAAGAAAGUGAAGAGCGCAGCAGCAGCGAUUACAGUGUCUCGGGUUCAGCUAGGGGAGACGUUGAAAUCACGGAAGCUGAUCCUCAAGGUCGAUACGUGAAACUGACGAACAAGGGCAGCAAGGAAAUUGUCUUGAGUGGCUGGCAGAUAAUCCGCAAAGCCGGAGCUUUGGAGACAGUCUUCAAGUUCCACAGGACUGCGAAAAUCGAACCUGGUGCGAAUGUCAUGGUCUGGUCGUCAGAUAUCGGUGCCACACAUGAACUACCUUCCAACAUAGUUAUGAAGGGUCAAAAGUGGUUCACUGCAGACAGCAUGACGACUGUGCUCUUGAACAACGAAGGCGAAGAAAUGGCAAUGUCUGAACGUAAAAGGCAGCAUUUGUCCACCAGUCUGUCUCGGCAUAGGGAAAACCUAGGUUUCAGACCUUCAGAAGAACUUCACCACCAACAGAGAACAUCGUAUCUCUACCCGUAAUAAGUGAGAAGGCACACAGCUCUGAGGGGCAGCCUGAGGCGAUCCACAAGGUGAAGAUCGUUGCCGCCUAAUGUGAGCGUUAUCUUUAGAGAGUAAGAGAUAUAUAAGACAUUCUUUUUUUUUUUUUUAAUAAGCUUUGUAAGGUUGUAACGACAUUUUAUGCUGCACGAGUCGUUUAGGAAUUACCAAGGUUUGAAUCUAUUUAUCUAUCAAAAUAACCUUUUAAGAAGUGUUUGGAAAGGGUUUUAUGAUAAUAUAAGGAAUAUAAUUCAUUCCGAAAUUAUAAGCGACAGAAGAUCCACAAUGCUUACUGAAAUGUACAAAAUGUAAUGUAUAAGAGACGAGAUGCGUUACAGUUUUUAGGCGAGAUCCGAAUUUUCGGAUAAUAUUCCGAAGUUCUAGAGAUAGGUUUAAGUUUUUGCUGGAAUUGCCUUACGAAGGAGUUUGUUGCUAACUUUUAUCAUGUCUACCUUGGUUUAUAUUGACUCAUUGCGAUAAUGUGCGUUUAUCAGUUACACCGAGCAUUAAACGGGAUUAAGUCUUAAUAAGUAGUCACAAAAUGAUUACCCCUCCCCCAUUGUUCCUGUUGCACAUUUAGUUUAUUUACUUUGAAUUUAUUCCAAUUUAUUCUUACAAAUAAUUCCGAUAUCAUUCGCUAAGAUUUAAUCAUGUAAGGAACAACUAAGAGAAUUUAAGUAUCCGGCCUUGGCGCAUUUACAGACUCAUGUCAUAAUGCCGACGUACAAGAGAGAAUAAAAAUCAAAUAUUUUUUAUUAUAGCGGCAUUUAUACUGAUUCUAAUAAUACUUUAUGUUUAGCAUACUAAUUGUAUCUUUUUUAAGGUACUCGAUCCAAGCUGAUGCGACUUCCACUUAAUUUCCAUACUUUAAACACAUAUGAUAAUUAAGACAAUACACUUGAUUUGGGCAAACUAACAAACAUCUUGUAUGCUUUUUAUUUUCCUUCCGUUGCAGUUACAGUACCUUGCGUCUUCGUCAAUUUGUAAAUCUAUUAUAUAUAUUUUAUGCUUCUUAUAUUUUUUGACGAAAAUGUAAAAGUGUGUUGCAAAUUUUGUAUACAGCAGAUGUGUAAUUAAAAAUUGUGGAAAUAUCCUG